UGACAUGUUACACGACCCCAGCCAUAGUUUCUGUUUCCUCAGGACUCCGAAGUGUGUGCUCAGCCCAUAAUAAGGAAGAAGGUGCAAGUAACGUGACCGAGGGGAAAGGGCAGCGGCGGGGUCCGGAGACCGUCCUCCUAUAGACCGCUGUGUCCCGGCUAUGUGAGAUGAGGUGCAGGAAUGGCAGUCUGGUGACCGUAUUGCUUUUGGCUGCUUUUUGCUCCUGGUCCUGGUACACGGCAUGGUACAGAGACAAAGAGUAUGGAAUGGAAACAUAUGAAAAACAGUUUUUAGAACUCCAGCAAAGACUAUUUCAAGCAGAACAAGAGAAUCGGAAAAGGUCUCGAGAUCUGAGUACUGUUUUAGAUGAAAUUAAGCGUGCUGUUGCAGAGAAGAGGAACGCAUUUGAAAAUCACACAGUUGAAGAAAUAAAAUGGAAAGUCUUGAAUAUAACCAGCAAACUCCCUUUGCCGUUUACAAACAUCUUCAUGUUUCUGCCUCAUUUAUUGGGACACGAAGACAGUCUGCAGCCAAAUGUGCUUUAUGGACACGGGAGAACAGGAGUGUCAAUUGUUUUCGGAAUCCCCACUGUGAAAAGAGACAAACAGAGCUACCUCAUGGACACGUUGAACUCCAUCUUCUCAGAGAUGUCUGCAAGCGAAAAAGAGGAUUGUGUUGUCAUAGUGUUUAUAGCAGAGGUGAAUGUCCAGUAUGUAAAUGAUGUGGCAAACAGUAUAAAAGACAACUUUCCUCGUGAAAUCCAGUCUGGUGUCCUUGAGAUUGUUUCUCCUCCAGCAGCCUAUUAUCCAGAGUUCUCUAAUAUAAAGGAAACAUUUGGAGACUCAAAAGAGAGAGUGAGAUGGCGAACUAAGCAGAACUUGGACUAUAGCUUCCUGAUGCUGUAUGCACAGCCAAAGGGCACAUAUUACUUGCAGCUAGAGGAUGAUGUUGUGGCCAAGCCACAAUUUUUCCAGUCUUUGAUAGACUUUGCCACCCAGCAGACCUCUGAUGAAUGGCUAAUACUUGAAUUUUCACAACUAGGAUUCAUUGGAAAGUUAUUUAAGUGUAAAGACCUGCCUUACGUUGUUGAAUUCUUUCUAAUGUUCUACAAAGAUAAACCCAUAGACUGGCUUAUUGAUCAUUAUCUGUGGGUGAAAGUAUGCAAUCCAGAAAAAGAUGCAAAACAUUGUGACAGACAGAAGUCGAACUUGCGCAUCAGAUACCGUCCCUCCCUGUUCCAGCAUAUUGGCACACAUUCUUCAUUGGUUGGAAAAAUACAGAAUUUAAAGGAUAAAGAUUUUGACAAGAAAGUGUUAUACAAGCCACAUCUUAAUCCUCCAGCAAAACUAAGCACCACCCUGAAGGUAUAUCAGCAAUACUCCCUGGAGAAAGCCUACUUGGGCCAGGAGUGCUUCUGGUCCUUUUCUCCUGUGGCUGGGGACUACAUCCUCUUUGAGUUUGAAGAACCUUUACAGCUAGGAGGAACCGAGAACCGCCCGACUCACCGGGAGACUAGGUCACAGGGCAUCGGACCCGAAUCGCCGCCAGACACCUCUCCCGAGGUGGUAGAAGGGCCGGAGAUAGCUGAGGAACAGACCCGGCCGCAAUCCCCGGGCCGCGGUGACGUCAUCGAUACCGCGAUGGCAGGGAAUCGGGACCCGAAUGCAGGCCAGACUCCUCCGACUGAACCCCGAG